AUGGUUGACUCUUCAUUUAACGGGUCACUGUUCACUAAAACUAUUGACAAGGUACACAAGUUAUUCGAGACUAUGGCUACUACAUCUGCUAUGUGGACAUCAGAAUGGGUCGUACAGAGAAGAACACCGGGAGUGUGCGAAAUUGAUGCAUAUCCUGCCCUAUCUGCAAUGAUUGACUCACUAUUUCACAAGGUGGAAAGCAUGUCACAGUCAGCGAAUGCAACAUAUGCACGAAAACCAAAUUGUGAAGAAUGUGGAGCGAAUCAUAGUACGGCAGAAUGCCCAAUUUUAUCACAGAGAAUGGAACAAGUAGAGUACAUGCAAUGGGGUCAACAUCAACAAAACUAUCGAAAUUCAAACACUUACAAUUCCAGUUGGAAAGAACAUCCAAAUCUUUCAUGGGGUGAUGGGACAGAUGGCACUCGCUAUAACGAAAAGGGCACAAAUACUUUACCAAGCAAUACUGAGUUAAAUUCCAGGAAGCAUGUUCAAGCGAUCACAACUCGAAGUAGGAUGCAACUACCUGAGAGAUACAUUGAGAAGCGGAGUGUAAAUAAUGAGACAACACCCUCUACGGAAGUAGAGAUUAGAUUGGGGAAGUAUAGGAUGGAGCAGCAAUAUAAGAAGUUCCUCGAAAUCUUCAAAAAGCUCUACAUCAACAUCCCAUUCGUCGAUGCACUACUCCAGAUGCCUAGCUAUGGCAAGUUCCUGAAAGACAUCUUAACGAAUAACCGCUAG